GGGUAUAAAAGUUAUCAAAAUAUGUAAAACUGUAAUAAAUGAUUUAAAUUUAUUUUAUAAUAAUUAGGUUAUAAAUAGUAUAGUGAUUUCUGGGAACUCCCAAAAGGUCGGACCAAAGAUAUAAUUAUAUUAAUUUUAUAAUCUACAAUAGAUAUAAAGAUUAAAAUUUUAAAUAUUAGAAUUUUAAAAUUUAAUUACAUAUCUUUAGCCAAACGGCGCACAGAUUUCAUACAACUAAUGAUAGACUCGGAAAAGUCGGACAAAGACUUGGGUUACGACUCUAUCAGCGAUGCGGAGCAAGAAGAGGACAAAAUAUAUGGUGAAAAACCAGUGGCAAAACCAUCGGGCACUCUAUCGUCGGAUGAAAUGGUAGCCCAGGCCAUUUUAUUUUACAUCGCCGGUUACGACACUACCAGCGCCGCCAUAACCCACGCCCUGUACUUCUUGUCCCAAAACAAGGACUGUCAGCAAAAACUAUGCGAAGAGUUGCGAAGUUGUGAUGAGUUUACGUACGAAAAGUUAUCGCAAUUGAAAUACUUGAAUGGCGUAAUCCAUGAGACACUACGACUGCGGCCAUCAUUUGCCCGGUUAUUUCGGGCAUGUGUUCAGGACUAUAAGUUGGGAAAUACCGGUAUUACCAUACCAGCGGGAACAGCCGUAAACAUCAACCUAUAUACUUUACACCGGGAUCCCAAAUAUUGGCCCAACCCCGACAAAUUUGAUCCCGAGCGCUGGUUUGAGCCCAAACACCAUCCGUACGCUUACCUGCCGUUCGGCGCCGGACCCCGACUAUGCAUUGGACAACGGUUUGCCAUAAAUGAGAUGCAGAUGUGCCUGGCUAAAAUGGUACGAAAGUUCGAUUUCACCAUGGUGCCCGGAUUUCAAAUUGAAUAUUUUAGAGGUCAACCAGCCAUGUCGCCCAAGGAGUUGCAGUGUCAUUUAAAAUUGCGUGCUUAAUUCAUAUAAAGUUUG